AAAAAACAAAACAAACAACAGAGUGAGGAAGCAAUUAAAUUGAAAAAAAAAAACAGAGUGAGGAGGAGGGAAGGAAGCAAAGGCAGAGGAAGGAGGCAGCGGCUUUUAGGUUUUAGUUGUUGUUGUUAAUGAAAAUAGCUUGGAAUUUCAGAGGCCCCUUUAUUAGUUUAGUUCGCCCUCUCAAGUCUCCAGUCUCCAUUCUCCUCUGAAGCUCUCUGGUUAGGCAGUUCCUUCCCUCCCUCCCUCCAAGUCCAAGGCCUCUCUGCCUUGUUUGGCUUCGAGACUCUCAGACUGAGAGUUUGGGACUGCGAGACAGCUUCGUAAGUCUCUUGGAAAUUCCUAUAACUGUGCUUUUGCUUUUAUUCGGCAUUCGAUUCUUGAAAAAACUGUAAUUUUGAUGGUUAGAUUAGAUGAUGACAUGAGAUCUGCCUAUUUUGCUUAUUAGGCUUUGGGAUGAGAUUAUUAGAUUAUAGCAGGUGAUAGAAGAGGAGGACGAGGAGGAGGCUUCUAUUUUCUACUCUCUACUCUCUACUUUCUCUCCCUCUAUCUCUUUCUUCGGUGGACUGUAGCUCCACUCCAUUUUACAAGUUAGAAAUAGAAUAGAAUAGAAUUGUAUUGAUGUGAUUCAGUGGUUGUUGGUGUGAGACUCCGAUGCUUCUAUAUAUAUAUAUAUAUGUAUAUGUAUAACUUUCAGAAUUCAGAUUUCACGUACAUUCAUCCUUCUCUCGAGUCCUGAGUCCUGAGUCCUGACUCAUUUACAGAACUGCAUCAUGUUCGGAAGAGCUGGGCUUGAUCGAUUUAAGAAAGCUCAGUCCUUGGAACCCUUUUCGCUCAAUCCCAAUUCCAAUUCCAAAUCCACUCCCUUGCCCUCUCUUUCGCAUUCGCAGCAAGCCCAACAUCAACCUCCUCCUCCCCCUCUUGCACCUCCCGAGGCUGCCCCUCUCGUGGGGGUCGAGCAGACUCCGCAGCAGCAUCUCACUCAGCUUGGUGGGGGUCAGUCCACUUGGCAGCCCCCUGACUGGGCAAUUGACCCCCGCCCCGGUGUGUAUUAUCUUGAGGUUGUCAAGGAAGGUCAGGUUCUUGAUCGCAUUACUCUCGAUAGGCGUCGCAACAUCUUUGGCCGCCAAUCUCAAACUUGUGACUUUGUGCUGGAUCAUCAGUCCGUUUCCCGCCAACAUGCCGUUGUUGUUCCUCACAAGAAUGGAAGCAUAUAUGUAAUUGAUUUGGGAUCGGCACAUGGCACUUUUGUUGCAAAUGAACGAGUGACUAAAGAUACCCCUGUUGAGCUUGAAGUGGGGCAGUCUUUGCGGUUUGCUGCAUCAACUAGAACUUAUAUCUUGAGAAAGAAUGAUGCAGCUCUUUUUCCUCGUCCUUCACUGCCUGCAGAGGUUAAUCUGCCUCCGCCUCCUGAUCCCUCUGAUGAAGAAGCUGUCGUGGCUUAUAAUACGCUACUAAAUCGUCAUGGUCUGACCAGGUUUGACGUAGGGCCUAUGUCCCGUGAGUCUGGUGACUCAGGUGCACAAGGUGCCACCCAGCAGCCAGAGAGAGCGUCCAAGAGAAUUAGGAAGGCAAGAGUGUCAUUCAGGGAUCAAGUGGGCGGAGAGCUGGUUGAAGUAGUCGGGGUUUCAGAUGGUGUGGAUGUCGAGACUGAACCUGGUCCAGUAGGUGUAAAAGAAGGAAGUCUUGUUGGGAAAUAUGAAUCCCUUGUGCAGAUUACAGUAAUACCCAAAGGAAAGGAGCAAUUAUGUGCGAAGGAAGACAAUUCUUCCCAAAAAGGCAUGACUGAAAAAUUACAACAGGUCUUAAAUAGAGUCAAAACUGCUCCAAAGGGUGGGAUUUAUGAUGACCUUUAUGGAGACUCUUUUUCAGGUAAAGUGGGUUCUUCCUGGGCAUAUCCUUCUGCGGGUUCUAGUGGUAAACAAGGUUCUCCAGGUAGAGAAACCGAUGAGAAGGCAUUAAGUGUAAAGGUUGGAACUAACUCAAACCACGCUGAUGAUGAUGAGGAUGAUUUAUUUGGUGAUUGAUUGAAGCAAGAACUCAGUGGAUGAUUUAUUUGGUUCUCUUUUUUGGAGGUUGAAAACCUUCCAUGAAAAUUAUAUGGUCUUGCUUCCCAUGUGAAUGGGAUUUUUGUUAUAGCUCAUCAACAAAUUUCUUUGUAUUGGUUUGCCCUGACUCAUAAUCUCCAAGUUGGUUAAUGUCCGAGAUUGUGGCUUCGAACGCAUGUAAGUUUGUGGUGAGAUGCUGAUUGCGGGUUGGUGUGUGGGGGUGGGGACAUAGUUUUGUAGCGAGAGGGUUUGUCGAUAUCUUUGUUACUGUAUCUCCUCGGUUCGUAAUAUCACCAUAGGUUUGUAAUGUGGGGGUGGGGACAUAUAUUUGUACUGACUGAUAUAGGUUUGUCAUAAUAUCACCAUCCUGCAAUUUGCAUUGCAUUAUACUUGCGAAAGUGGCUUUAGUCUUUUGCCCCUUGACCUCCUCCACUAAAGAUUUUAGCUGCAAGUGCAGCUCUCCUGUUCCUGUUACCUUAAUAUAUGAAGUUCAAGGCAACGAGUAGCUUGCUUUUUGUGUA